AUGUGGUGUUGGGAAAAAUCUGACUCCUUUGAUCUUCGACUUCAGGAGUUACAAGGCAAAGAAAUUGAGCUUCCAAUGUCUUGGGCCGAUUGUUUCGGUAACCCCGUCGAGGUCAGUGGAGAAGUGACAGCCUGUGACCGUGUUAGAUUACAGAGAAUACAGAGGGGAGAGUUAAUUGAUGAUAUUUCGGAGUUAUUGUUCCCUGACCCACAUUGUUUUCGAGCUGGAGAAUUGCAUAACCAUUUCGAGUAUUGGCAGUACAUUGCGCGAGAUAGCUCGUCACCCCAACAAGCACAGAUUCUUGGGUGGAUAAGGUACAAGGUCUCGAUUAAGCCGUUUUUCAAGCAUUUUAAAGGAAGUUUUAAAGGAGAAUUGUUCGAUUCAGACGAGCCUCCGAUGAAGGUGUUUAAGAACAAUGUCUCUUGCAAGCCCUUUGUGUCAUUUGUGGAGGAAACGUUAGUUGCGCGCUUGAGAUCUGGAGCUAUUUCGCUGUUGGGGAGAGUGGGUGUGGUUGACCCUCCAUUUAUUGUUCUUCCCCUUACAGUUGAGCCAACAAAGCCAAGGUUAUGUCACGAUGCGCGCUUGCUUAAUUUAUGGAUGCGUGAUAUGCCUUUCUCUUUAGACAGGCUGAUAGAUUUACCGCGUUACGUGGGCAAGGAUACCUACCAAACGGUCCUAGACGAUAAGUCUGGCUAUGACCAUAUUCUUCUUUCUGAAGACAGCCGCACGUAUUUUGGGAUCCAAUGGGGAGGGUGGUAUUUCACGUAUAAUACCCUUCCUUUUGGGUGGAAGAUCUCCCCGUUUGUAUAUCAUACUACUGGCCUGUUGGCUAGUAAUUUCCUUAGAGCUACAGGAAUCCGUUGUUUGCUCUACAUCGAUGAUCGACACAAUGGCGAACUCCAGGUGGCACUCGAUAAGGGGGAAUACGCUACUAUUAACACUGUUGAUGAUCGUCAUCUUGCGGCGGCUAGGUCGGCUAUAUUUCUUGUUGCUUACCAUCUUGUCAGCUUGGGCUAUUUCCUUGGUUUGCAAAAGUCAAUAUUGUUCCCAAGUAAAGUGGUUCCCUACCUUGGUUUUUUAGUGGAUUCUUCUAGGGAGGUGUUCUGCUUAAAGCCGGAAAAGAAGGAGAAAUUCUUGCAACUUGUCCGUGAAAUACUCCAUGCCUCUAAGGUUACGGUGAAAACCUUGCAACGCCUGGUUGGGAAAUGUGUCUCUUUUAGUCUAGCAGUACCUGCAGCCCAGUUGUUUACGAAGCAGAUGAAUGCAGCUAUUGUCGGUGGCCAACGUACUCCCCACAGGCUAAUACCCAUCAGGGGGGAUCUGCGUGAGGAUAUCUCCCAUUGGCUGUUUUUGGAAGGUUGGGAUGAUCCGGUAACAUGGCGGGAUGAGCGUCACAUUCGUGUGUCCGUUGCAACUGAUGCUUCCGCAUCAGGCUGGGGUGCUAUUUUGUUAGCCCCUCAUCGUGAGGAAAUAUCAGAUUAUUGGACGGAAGAGCAGUGCAAAUGGGGUAUCGGCGCGAAGGAAGCUACUGCGGUCGACAUGGCGUUAAUGGCUUUUAAAGACAAACUGUUCAAUGCUAGAGUUGAUGCUUUUGUUGACAAUAAGGCCGUUGUCGAGGCUUGGAACAACCAGCGUGGUAGAAGCUUGGAGCUUAAUAUGGCAUUGAAACGGCUUUUCUUCACAACGUCGAAGCUUAGCUUAUCUCUGCACAUGUCUUACAUUCCGACUGGUCAGAUUCCUGCUGAUGCUCCAUCAAGGCGCCUGUCCCACUCAGAUAGUAAAUUGUCGGAUGGCUUGUGGCAGAUUGUUCAGAAGGAGUUUGGUGGUAGGGAAGGCCAUACUUGCGACCUUAUGGCCUUGGAUUCGAAUAGUAUGACGGAUGCGCACGGGUAUUCUCUCCCUCAUUUUACGCCGAUUCCCUCUCCCGGAUCGUCUGGUGUAAAUCUCUUCACACAGGACCUUGCUUCCCUCGGAGCGCUUAUGGCCAGACCGUAUGUUUUUCCUCCCAUGGCUUUAACGGGACCUGUCUUAAAAUGUCUGCAGAGUUUUAAACAGUCGUGCACAGUAGUGGUGCUGGACGUGUUUCCCAAGAAGUACUGGUGGCCUCUCCUUAUGAAUAAAGCUGUAAAGAGUAGAUGUCUGGCUGUUCGUGGCGAUGGCAACGCUCUCUUGGUCCCGUCCAAAAAGGGGUGGCUGCCUCACAAGGGCAUUCCUGGAGAUCUCUGGGUUUUUGCAGUGUGCUUUUAGGUGUGUCUUGGCAUACAUUUUGAUCUGUUGUGCUACUGGUUUGUGGUGUAUGAUAGGGUUCUUCUUUUCUGGUUUGUAGGAGCUUCCAGUCAUGGCAAAGCUGUUUGCCCAGUCGGUUAAAUGCCCAACCUGUGGACACGCUAACGAUUUUGACUUCCGUUUUUGUCAACGUUGUGGCUACAAGCGAAAGGUUAUGACAACGCUUGUCAAGGAACACUCUGAUGUUAUCGUUGACCUUGAUGGAAUUGAAGUGCGGUUGCAGCAGUUACUUCACUACGAUCAGGCAACCAGUUAUAAUAAGCAGAAGGAUUCUCUUCAGAGGGAACUUGAGGCUUUUCUUGGUGCUCUGCCGGGUUUUGUUACUCUCGCGACAGUGACGCCUAGGGACUUGUGUCGCUUCCUGAUCUUUAAAGACAAGCGUGGCAAAACACAGGUACACCUCAAUACGUGUGAAUUUUUGGGUCAGCGUGGUAAACAGUCAUGUGGCUGCCCCUUGAGAUUGUCGUACAAGACUGUGGACUCUUACAUAGGAAAGUUAAGAUCGAUUUUCCAUUCCAUUGGUCGGGACGGAGAGUGGGACAAGCGGCUAGGUCUUGGUAACCCAGCCUCUGAUAAAUUGGUUAAAGAUUACCUUCGUCUUGUCACAGCGGAGCAGUUACAGGCCCGUGUCACUCCAAAACAAGCCACGCCAUUCUUUGUGGACAAAUUGACUCAGUUAUCGAAGUAUCUUGAAGGCGAGCUAGCGAGAUCAAAGUCGAAACUUGACCGUUUCAUUAUCGCACGUGACCAAGCUUAUUUUAAGUUGGCGUUCUUUAGUGGGGACCGCCCAGGAGAUCUUGGUCAGGUAAAAGUUCCGGAGAUCCUUCGUUUUCCAAAUGAUGAUGGGUUCUUAUUUAAUCAUAUCUGGGGUAAGACUUUGCGGGAUGGUGACAGUAAUGUCUUUGGUGUUCGCAGAAAUCCCCAGUCGGUCAUCUGUUCUGUGAAGGGCGUUGAGCAAUAUGUCGAAGUGGCAAGUGAGUUAGGCGUUGAUUUAACAAAGGGAUAUUUGUUUCGUCCGACAACUUCUAAUAAUGGUGUCCAAGAUUCUCCAUUUAGUUCUUCAGCAGCAGAUGCGCGUCUUAAAGUGUAUCUGAAGCAGAUGAAAGCUGAUGAUGGUGAGACAUUGCAUGGCUUUCGUUCGGGUUGUGCGAUAACGUUGGUCCUCACAGGAGCGGAUCUGUCUGAGAUUAUGGAACACGUGGGUUGGGCUAGGAGGCAUACCGCCUUAUAUUACCUUCAGCUGGCCAAGGUUCUGAAACAUGAUGGCCCGUCGGGACGACUUGCUACGCCUUCUGCUGAGAAUGUGGUGGCUCCAUGGCAGGAUGUGAAUCAGCUGAAACGUUUUGUGUGUGCUUUUCCAGCUGCUGAGCAGAGGAAACGCCCAGAGGAAUGA